AUGGCUGGUGCGCCGGUGGUUGCGCUGCGACAGCGGCUGGCGGGGUUGGGGCGGAGGCUGGAACGGCUGAGAGGAGCGGGCGGCGAUGAUGCUUUUUUAGUAAAGGGUGCUAUUUCUCUGGAGAAGCUGAAAGAUCUUUGUAAAGAAGAUAAAGAAACUGUAAAUCCUUCAAAUCUUCUGCAGCUUUAUACACAGACAGUCUUAGACAUCACAUAUUUUGAGGAGAACCAACUUGCAGAUGAAGAUUUUCCAGAAGAUUCUUCCUCACAGAGAGUUAAAGAACUUAUCAGUAUUCUUUCAGAUCCAGAGAUUCUAGUUAAAGAAAGCAACGUGCAUCAAGAUCUAAUUGGUGUUCUUGGUGCAGAAUUGUUAGAAUGUCUGUCCUGGAGACGAGGAGCUCUACUCUACAUGUAUUGUCACACUGUAAAAGAGAGAGGAUGCUGGCUAACAGAAAACACUGACUUGUUUAAAAAGUGUCUUAAUGAUGGAAUCCAUUACUUACUGAAGAUGCUAAGGUUUAGAUACUCUCCUUGGCUAAAUGAUGUCUCAUUUCAGGAUACAGACACAGCUAGACUGCUCAGUGAAGGUAUAUUUAGUGAUACCCAUGUUCUGGCCAUGAUGUAUAUUGGAGAAAUGUGUUACUGGGGACUGAAGCACUGUGGAGAAGAAAAGCCUGGAACCCAUGAAAUAAAUUCUGAAUCUAAUACUGAACUGUAUUGCAGCUUACAUAGUGCAGUGCUGGAUUUCCGAGAUGUAGGAGAAAAGAUGUUAAUGAAAUAUGUAGCUCUGUGUGAGGGACUCUUGAAAGGACAAGACUGGAAUACAGCAAAUGCAAAACUAAUCUUGGACUACUUCAAGAAAUUCCAGAGCUAGCUUAAUGAACCCAUUGCUGUUAUCCAUUCUUUACAAGAAAGUUGCAAUAUAUGAAGAACACAAGUAGAAAGGUCAACAUUAAACUGAGCCAAAACACUAUUCAAAACUCA